AUAAUAUAAGUAUAUAGCAGAUUGACGAUGGCAAGACAUUUUAUUGUAAAAUAAAAGUAUCGUUAAAUGAAAGUGUUAUUUCAUUACUGUUUCGUAUCAUUACUAUUUCAGUUUUCAAAAGUGUAAAACUAGUUCAGCUAUAAAAAAACUGAUCUACUUUUGUCAGUAUUUUGUAAUUUAACAUAAACUCUCACAAUUUCUAAAAUCUAAAUUACCGCGUUCACGAUACUCAAAAUGAAGAUAUAAUAGCAUCGAUGAUUGAUUCCGCCAUUUUACUUCAAAGCCAAUGAAAAUUUUGACAAGAUUGACGCGACUCUCUUAUAAGGACUCUAGAAUGCAUCACAAUGCACGCGCGGAAAUGCUUACAGAGGAGCUUAGAUAAAUUAAGUAGUAACCAAAAAAAAAGGGAAAGGAAAGGGGAAAGAAGAUAAAACACGAUGAUUUACAUAUAAAAUGAAAUAUCGCUCACCUAGAUUAUAAGUAAUCUUCCUCAUUUUCGUUGAUGGGCAACUUGCAUAACUUAUUAAUAGCGCGUUUUGUCACACCGUUAGACGUUUUAAUUGAAACGGACGUGAUUAUCAUGCCUGCAAUGCAAUUCAACGAUUCUAAUUUCCAUUGAUAUGGAGGCAAGUAUAAAGUACGGUGUACUUAUAAAGUACGUUGUACUAAUUGCCAACGGCUUAAUCGAUGGAGAUUUAUAUCUUGGAAAUCAGUUUCAGGGUGGCUACGGGAAGCCGACGUUCUUCAAGAAAUCACGAUUGUUAGGACGACAAUUUCCGAGAGGGAGGGCAGUGUUAUGCCCAUGUCGACAUCCCUGGCAUAUACAAGCGAGUGCGUUGCCGAGACCAGCAAGUCAAUUGUUUAACAAGAUAGAUUUGAAUGUGAACUCUGCGUGUUCGGACGUAUCUCACGAUCUGUUUCAUCUCAUAUCUUUUGCGGUGUUCUCUGUUCUGCAUUCUGAAUUAAUAAUCUUGUUCAUCUUUCAUAAUACUUGUGUUAUUUAUUUCGGCGAUUCGGGAGUGCGUGUGCGCUUCCGCGAGAGCGACUUCGUGAAUCGGCUGCGCAACAAUAUAAAAUAAAGUUAUAUAAUUAUAAUAUAAA